AGCAGAAGCAGAAGGAGUGCAUGACUGGGUGAGACGCGGAGAACCGGGUCCGACCUCAGCGCUACAUGGAGGAGUUCAGCUGCAGAUAAAGCAUGGACGUGGUCGAUGAAACGGAGGCUUUACAGAGGUUCUUUGAAGCUCAUCCUCAGCUGUAGGUGUGUUGACUGAGAUCAGCUCACCAUGCUGUGGCUGCAAGCAGGUCAUGAUAUUAACAGCUCUUUGGAGCCAACAAACAUCGACACCAGUAUCCUGGAGGAAUACAUCAGCAAAGAGGACGACAGCACAGAUAUCUGUUUUUCCGAAGUCCACAGCGGCCCAGGGCCCAACUACUCCUCCCCCCAGGCCGGAGCAUCCUCAUCUGGGGGGGUGGUGUGUGGCGUAAGCCCCCCUAUCUCCCAUCGACAGGGCAGUUCCCAGGCUGUACCCACUCCGUGUCAAAACCCCUAUCCCCCUCCACCUCCACUUGGUCUUCUCAGACACAGCCAUCCCUGCCAGAGCCACCACCAUCACCUUCAAGUCCCACAGCCCCACAUCAAACCUGAGCACUGUGCUCACUACGCAGCCGGAACAUUACCUGAGUCUCCACCAGACUCUAGCUCAGAGCCCUACUCCCCCCAGCAAGUGAAUGACUCGCAUAUGCUUCGGACCAUGACGCCUGAGAACAUGUGUCACAUGACCACUCCCCCACCCUUGCCACCCCAUAGCCAUUACCCGAACAUACACCGGGACAUGUACCUGAAACCCGAGCCCUUGAUUUCUCAAUACCCGAUUGGUCCAGCCAGCAGUGCAGGCGGUGAUCUGCAACAGGGUCAGAUGCUUCAUCAACUGCUCCAGCAUCCACAAGGACAAGAUAAUAUCCCAGUUCACCAAGCAAAGAAACGAAAGCACUCUGAUUCUCCUAACAGCACUCUCAAUGCCCAAAUACUUAGCGGCAUUAUCAAGCAAGAACCAGGUUUGAUGCAAGAUGCCGAGAACUCAUAUUUGGACCCAAACUACCAGUGUAUUAAAUGGCAGCCACACCAACAGAACAAAUGGACUCCGCUAUAUGAUGCCAAUGGGAAAGAACUGCCAAUGCCAACGUACAAAGUGGAUGCUGACAAAGGUUUUAAUUUUUCUUUGGCUGACGAUGCAUUUGUGUGCCAGAAAAAGAACCACUUCCAGGUCACUGUUUACAUUGGCAUGUUGGGAGAUCCCAAAUAUGUGAAAACCAGUGAAGGGCUGCAACCAAUUGAAUGCUUCUGUCUAAAACUUAAUGGAGUCAAGUUAGAAGCCAUGAACCAGUCCAUCAAUGUGGAACAGUCUCAGUCUGACCGCAGCAAGAGGCCAUUUAAACCUGUACUGGUUACUUUGCCUCCGGAACAAGUAACCAAGGUAACAGUGGGUCGACUGCAUUUCAGUGAGACGACAGCCAAUAAUAUGAGGAAAAAAGGCAAGCCAAACCCUGACCAGAGGUACUUCAUGCUGGUGGUGGCUCUUCAGGCUCAAUCCCAUAGUCAGAGCCAUACGGUGGCAGCUCAGGUGUCUGAGAGGAUCAUCGUCAGGGUAACCGCUGCGUCCAAUCCGGGUCAGUUUGAGAGUGACAGCGAGGUGUUAUGGCAAAGAGGUCAGUUGCCUGAUUCAGUGUACCACCAUGGCCGAGUGGGCAUCAACACUGAUCGACCUGAUGAGGCUCUGGUCGUCCAUGGCAACCUGAAGGUCAUGGGUUCACUGGUACAUCCAUCUGACAUCCGUGCCAAGGAGAAUGUGAAAGAGGUGGACACCACAGACAACUUAAAGCGAAUUUCUCAGAUGCGCCUGGUGCAUUACCAGUACAAGCCUGAGUUUGCAGCCACUGUGGGCAUUGACAACACUGCAGAGACUGGAGUCAUAGCCCAGGAGGUACAGCAGAUCCUUCCAGAAGCUGUGAAAGAUGGUGGAGAUGUAGUUUGUACCAAUGGAGAGACCAUCUCUAAUUUACUGGUAGUUAACAAGGAUCGCAUUUUUAUGGAAAAUGUCGGAGCAGUCAAAGAGUUGUGUAAACUGACCGAUAAUCUGGAAACUCGAAUCAACGAGCUUGAAAGAUGGAGUCGCAAACUGGCUAAACUACGCCGCCUUGACAGCAUGAAGAGUACUGUCAGUGGGGGUACAAUUAGCCUAACAGGAAGCUACUUUAGCAGAACAGGAAGUGGUCCUUUUAAGAAGAAAGCAGCCAAAACAGCAAAUAAGAAUGCCAUUCCAGAGCAGGGCUGUUUGAGUCACAGGUUCCUGCAGGGCACCAUACUGGCCCUGGUUAUUAUCAUGGCCUUCAGUGUCAUCUCAAUGUCCAUACUGUAUGUAUUAAACAUGCACCAGCACAGCAACAUGGCUGAGACAGAUAGUUCUAUGUCCGCCUGUGUUUUCUCCAUCUCCUGGAUGCGCUUCUUCACUGCCACUGUCACUUUCUGUCCGUCCUUCUGUUUAUGGACUCGCUCUGCUCUUGGCUCAUCUAGUAAAGCAGUUUAUUCAUCACCGAUCUCCACAAUCUCUUCAGACAUGGACUCCACCUCUACAACUUUGCCAAAACGCCUUAUCUGCUGCCCUCCAACAACUGCCAUAAACAACCAAUCAGCUACUGCCAACCUACAGCCAAGCACCAACCAAUCCUUAUCAGUCUCCAGUAGUCCUGCUCCCACCAUGGCCAGUGUAAAUAGGAAGGCAAAGUCUCGUGGGUUGGAUAAAGAAAGCAGGAGUAGAAACAGGCUGAGUCACACUUCCUCCCCCCUCUCCGCAAGCAAGUCCAAGAAAACUCCUCUUCCGUCAAAUAUGGAUACAGGAGGCAAUAACCGUGUGCCUGGGCCACGCAGGCAACGCAGCACACACACUCAGGGUGGACAUUUCCUGCCAUCCCUGAAUAAACUUUACAUUGUUGAAACUAAUCAGGAAUUGAAGACACUGAACUGUGCCUCUUCACACAGUUGCAGCUACACUUUAUUUCUGCACAGGAGUCAAAAUUCAUCAAUGAAUCAUGUCACUCUAUAUAUGAGGUUCUCUGAAAUUGUCUGGGUGUGGAAGUGUAGUAUCACUAGAGGGCGUCUUUGCCCAAACCACACAGACAUGGAUUUUUCUGAAAGCAAAGAUUCUUUUACAAAGGGGAUCAGUCACUUGUGGUCUCUUCCACUGGGAUCAUUCCAAGAUGCCGUCUACCAUUUCCGGGUGUCAGUCUUUGGUGAGGUUGGCUGUUCUGGGUCUGAAAAACAGAAGAUAAAGGACACUACACUAUUCAUUAAUUACUAUUUUAUUAUUCAAAGCAGAUGCACUUAAAGGGGAAUGUCUUAAAAAGUCAAAUAUUGGUUUUCUCCUCAUUCCCUCGUUUGAGCCAUUUUCAUGACCUUUUUAUUUGUGAUGUUGUAGUGUAGAUUUUCUCAAAACACUUCUCUUAACAAUAAGAGAAGGUGACUGAAACUCAAUUGUCAAACUAAAUAUGCCCUUUUACCCAUGUUACCUAUAUGAAAUAUUUAAUUCAUAACAAGAUUACUCCUUCCCCUGUGAUAUAACUGACACGGCAUAGACACAAAAAAAGAGGAAAAUUGUAUUAUGCUAUUUUCCUUGCCCCAGUUUAACCUAUUCAUAUUAUUAGUGUGAAUCUUUCAUUUGAAAAUGUAAAUAUAAUGUACAUUAAACAUGUUUUAAGUUACAGUAUUAAGACCACUACUAUACCUUUAAGAAUGAAACCUACAAAAGAACAUCACAUGCAUCUUCCAAGGUAUGAGCUACAUAUUAAAUGUACAUAAGAUGUGUACCUCAAAGACAAUGAAAUGUUUGAUCGAAUACCUUCUUCUCUUAAAAUGAAAGCCAUCAUAUAAUGCAUUGAUGAUUUGCACUGCUUUCAUAUCUGAUACAACUGUAACUCUAUAAAGCAUAGAAGAAAAUGCCACGCAAUGGACAUUUGCUCGUAACUACUAGGGUAACUGAAUAAUUACAUGCAUGAUUUUUCUAUUCAAGAUUUAAUACCAACCCUCUCAAACGAUGUGCUUCUUUUUCGUGAUGCUUGUGUUUGAUACAUUGCCGGCCUUGUUUUGUUUCUUUUGUUAAAGAAAAGGAAUUAAAUAUAGAAUACAGAAAGAACAGUCAGCUGACUGAGCCUGAUAGUUAAUAAUAAUAAUAAUAAUAAUAAUAAUAAUAAUAAUAAUCAUAAUCAUAAUCAUAAUUAAUAAUAAUAAACCAAUGAUGAUCAUUAUAAUGAGGGUAUAUUGUUGUUAUUAUUAUUAUUAUUGUUAGUGCUGUUUUCAUGUUAUGUCUUAGACACUGACACCAUACUAUUAUAGUAUCGAAUUAAUCACUGGACCUUAAAGAAAAUCACUGGAUUUAAUAAUAAACUGGAACACACUGCAAAAACACACUGGAACAAACCCCCUCAAUGUCUACUGUCUCGAAAACACUGGAUUACAUUGGUGUUUGGUUUGAUGAUGAAAUAAUUAUUUCUUUGUAAAAGGAAGGUCCAUGGUGCCUUCACUGUCUUAUUAAUGAAAUAAAUUAAAUAGUUGUGAAUAUAAA